CGCGCACAAGCGCACACGUCACAUUGAGCAAGGAACGCGCUACUCAAAACGCGCAACGCAAGAAAUUUCAUUGUUGUGUAUCUCGGAAAACCUUCUCUGAACGAGCGAGUGUUCUCCGCAGAGCACCGACAGUGUCAGUCCGGGCGUUUUUCCGAGGAAUUUCGGGCUCGUCGGCGUGAAGAAACAAGGGACUCGACAUCUUCCUAGCAGACUCCACAGACAAGUGUACCAAGAUGCCGAGCAUAAUGGAUUGUUCAGGCCCCAACCUGAAAUGCUGGUAUAAAAACUGCUUCUUCUCGUCGAUUACUCAGAAAGGUUUGAAGAUUCACCUGUCUCAAGUGCACAAUUACCAACUACGGGACAACAAAGCUCGGCCGGUGAAAGGUUCGAGGCAACGACGCAAGACCCCAACGGCUCGGGGACCUACUCUUCCGGAUCCGCGAUGUAGACAGCCUUACAUUUGCACUCUCUGUAUGUUCGCUGGUAUGAACAAAGAGCAACUCGCACGACACCAUCAGCAAGAACACAUGACCGGGAUGAUCUACCACGAAUCCAAAAAUCAUCAUCAGAUCCGUCUGGUCCCCGACGGUGCGCCCGGUAGUUCUGGAGCGUCCCGGAAUCGCUCAGCUGCUCGACGAGAACAGACUCCGUAUAUGUAUCCAGCUCUGCAGUAUAAUGUUGUCGCGAGACCGCUCCCUCAUGAGCGUCCGGUAUAUGAGCAGUAUUUCGACGUGAACCAGAUGCCUAUGCGGUCGGACGAUUUCCAUCAGCAAACGCACGCAAUGGUUCAAGAGGCAAUGCCGUCGCAAAACGAGCAAUUCGAAAGAGGUCAAGCGUACGAGAACCAGAGAGCCUCUGCGGAUUGGGCGUCUUAUAGAUCUUCGGUUCAAACGCCGCAAGCUAUGUCUGCUGAGUUCGCCUCCACAAUGCAGAAUCGGGUUGAUGAGAGCGCGAACGCCUGGAAUUCCCAGAUGGCGCCUCAGAGAAUCGACGAUACCAACAUGCAGCUUUGGUCGAACGUUGAUCCGAUGCAAACGUUGCAGUUUGACGUGAAAAGAGACUUCAUGAACAUGGCUCAAGGUCUCAACACUGAGGUGGAACCUUGCACACAAUGUGGUUGCGCCUCAAGAGGGGGUUGCUCACAGAAAGUCGAAGCCCAGGAAGAUGUGAAUCGCAUCAUACUCGUGCAAGAGCGUGAGCAAGAAGGUGGGUCCGCCUCUAAUGAAGGGGACAAUCAUGAAGUCUACCAUCUCCAGGCCGACUCAAAUUUCAAUAACUUGAAAGCCUUGCUCAGUCCUGGUGACGAGAUAGUUCUGGAGUGCCAAACAGAGGACGGACGCGAGGUUUUGUUGAGAGCGGUGCGCGCAGGUUCAGAAUCAGUAGAAGGCACAGCUGAGAGGGCUCCCGGAGUCGAUGGGUUGACUGUGGCCUUGGCUUCUUCGACCAUCAAGGUCCCAGAUACGAAGGGCGACGACACUGUUACCGAGGAGAACGCUUUCACCGAGGAUUCUCCGGCGGCCCAGACUCAAGCCGAAACAUCGGAACCUACGAUGCAGUCGGCCGAAGAGUCGAUGCAGUCGAAUAUACAGCCAGCCGGAGAGUCUCUGCCACAAUUGUUCCCAGAGCUUUUCGAAGAUGACCCGGUCAAUUCAGGCCUCGAAUCUAUCUCGUGGCAGUCCGGAGACACCGAAGAGUUCGAGAACUUCUUCGAAGUUUGCAAGAAAUCAGAGUACUUGUCCGCUCUGUCUAACUGCAGAGGCGUCAGAGACGAUAGCGGCUCAUUGUUCUUGAGAUGUGGUCUAUGCUCGUAUUCUACGGAUAUGGAUGACGCUUUGGAACAACUCCAAAUCCACUUCAGGAGGCAUAUGGAUACGCAUUUUCAAUGCAAGAGUUGUGAGUUCACAUGCGGCCUCCGGGAAGAGAUGGUGGUCCAUGUCGGCACUCAGCACUAUGCUCCGAACAAUGAGUCCCUCUUCUAG